UUCACACUGUAUGCAUGGCUCUCGCGGACGGCGCGUUGCAUCGAGCGGAGCUCGUAAUCAGGUCAGGCGAACAAUUCCCCCCUUCCUUAUAGGACCAGUAGAUGUUACAACCGGGAACCAGAAGUGGAACGGGAGGGAGGACGGGCCUUUUUAUUCUUACUUCCCACCCCUAUUGCUGAGUGGUACGAGCCAAAUACAAGCAAGUGAUUCUGUGGGGUCGUGAUCAUAACCGUAGUGGUGGGGAGUGAACCUCCCGUGACCCGCACUGUAUGACAAGAAGCUGUCGUUUAUUAAUGGCUGGUGUUUGUCACCAUGCACCAUCGUUGGCUACUGCUUGUUGCAUGCUUGUGGGUUCUGUUCAUGCUGAUGGUUGCAAGCAAGUUUAUCACCUUACGGAUGGGAGACCCUGAAGGUUAUGGAAUUAUUCAUCAAGGAUCAUUAACCAAUUUACCGGACACAGAAAAAAUAGCCGUGACUGAAAUAAAAAAAUUGCAGAUUGACAGCCAGCCAACUGCAAAACCUAUGAAAGAUGUAUCACACACUGACCACAUCCACAAGGAGAGACUAGAACUUCUUAAAAAUAUGUGCCAAAAUGGAACCCUUCUUAAUCUUACUCACUCUGCCAUCUCUAAGUUUGUGUUAGACCGGAUCUUUGUUUCUGACAAUCACAAAAUAUUGUUUUGUCAAACUCCUAAAGUGGGAAACACACAGUGGAAAAAAGUACUGAUGGUAGUAAACGGUGCAUUUCCAUCAAUUGAGGAGAUUCCAGAAAAUGUGGUCCACGACCAUGAGAAAAAUGGCCUUCCAAGGCUCUCUUCAUUCAGUGCACAGGAUAUACGGGAAAGACUUAACUCCUAUUUUAAAUUUUUAAUUGUACGGGAUCCAUUUGAAAGGCUAAUUUCUGCUUUCAAGGAUAAAUUUGUUCAUAACCCUCGCUUUGAGCCCUGGUAUAAGCAUGACAUUGCUCCAAUCAUAAUCCGUAAAUACAGAAAGAACCGUAAGGAAUCCAGAGGAGGCCUGCAGUUUGAAGACUUUAUAAGAUACCUGGGGGACCCAAAUCACAGAUUUCUUGAUCUCCAAUUUGGGGAUCAUAUAAUUCACUGGGUGACAUACGUAGAACUUUGUGCACCUUGUGAAAUUAAUUUCAAUGUUAUUGGACAUCAUGAAACCCUUGAGGAAGAUGCUCCGUACAUCCUACGAGAGGCUGGUAUUGACCGGUUAGUGUCAUAUCCUACAAUACCACCAGGAAUCACAAGCUACAACAAAUCCAAAGUGGAAUACUAUUUCUCUAGAGUAACAAAAAGAGACAUUAAGCGCCUUUAUGAGAGAUUUAAAGUGGACUUCAAACUUUUUGGGUAUAAAGAGCCAAGUUUUCUAUUUUAAUCAUGUCUUAAGAAUACACUGUGCAUUCACAGAAGCUUCUCUGUGGAAUCUUGUUGGAAUUAUGACUCUUAAAUGUGUAUAAUUUGUUUUUCUCUUUUGCUCCUGAACAAAUUGAUUUGACUUGUUAUGCUUGAGAUUUGGUAACUUUACUGAUUCUUAGUUGCAGAAUUUGCACUUGACCCACAUUUACCCAAUGUAGUUCUUGAUAACAUCAACUUGGGCACCGUUUUGUCUUAUGCCUUUGAAGUAACUAUGGGGAUGGGGGUAGAGAUUAAAUGUGAAAUUAGUAUUUUUGUUCCUAUGUUAUAUCUCAACGUGUUUGUGUGUGUUUUUUUUUUUUUUUUUUAAGUGGUAUGUUUGAAAUAGACAAAUACAACCUCAAAAGGCUAACACUGGAGUUUCAAUAGCAAUAUACUAUGGAUAUUUUGUUGAAUCACCUUGACAUUAUUGGCAUUGUAUCAUGGGAAUGCACUAAUGAUUUUUUUUUUUUUUUUUUUAAAGUAUGCACAAAUGAUCAUUUUAAGGAAUUUUAAUAGUUUUGACUAUUGCUAAACCUUUUUUUUUUUUU